ACUAUUCUUGGGAGGACCAUGGAUAUUCACUGGUAAAUCGCCUUUAUCCAGAUGUGGGUCAGCUGAUAGAUGAGAAGUUUCAGAUUGCUUACAACUUGACUUACAACACAAUGGCUAUGCAUAAAGAUGUGGACACCUCAAUGCUUAGAAGGGCAAUCUGGAAUUAUAUCCACUGUAUGUUUGGAAUAAGAUACGAUGAUUAUGACUAUGGAGAAAUCAACCAAUUACUAGACCACAACUUUAAAAUUUACAUAAAAACAGUGGUCUGCGCUCCUGAGAGGACCACAAGUAGAAUGUAUGAUAGCUUCUGGAGGCAAUUCAAACACUCUGAGAAGGUUCAUGUCAAUUUGCUUCUCAUAGAAGCACGGAUGCAGGCUGAACUGCUUUAUGCUCUGAGAGCCAUUACUCGCUACAUGACCUGAAAUCUCUGGCUAAUGCUGAUGGAAGGUACAGCAGGUGCUGCCUACCAGGGGAUGUUAAUAAGCUUCAGAACCAGUGGUGGCUAUAAGCUAUGAGAUCCAUUGUGCCAUAACUCUUACUUAGCUUCAGUUUCUUCCUUAAUGGAAUAUCACUGCUGUUGCUGAGCUUGGUGGUAGGAGGACAAAAUUGUUCAGAGAUGCUCCAUGAUUGCUACUGCCUGGUCCUGUUAGCACAGAAAACCAUGAUUCAUGGCAGACAGGUAGUAAUUAUGCAAAUCUUGUAUUGACAAAAGUAGAAAGCAAACUCUGGACCACCAGGAGAAUUUUAAGAGCACUUCUGCUUUUGAUUCAAGAAUGAUUUAUUAUCCUUUUUUUUAGAAAAAUCUUAAUGCUGCUGUAUUUGCUGAUGAAAUGGAGAGACUAGUAAUUCCAAUUAAGCUACAAGUGAAAGCAAGCAAUGCUAUUGUCUGAGCCUACAUUUUAUAUGUUUUUAGAGGAAAUCCUUGCUAAUAACUCGAAAGUGAGCUGUACUUCACACUAACAGUUUUGACUGCAACAGGAACUUCUUGGUAUUGUUUAGCUUUAUGCUUGGAUUUGUUCACAGUGGUGUGGUUAAAUCAACGGAUGGAGGAGGGGUGAGAAUUUUCAAAGCUGCUUCAGACUGCAACUAUGUGAAAUGUUAAAAUACUUGGAAAUAAGGAUGAACAAUGUCCUACUUUUCUGUUGUUCCUUGGAGCGCUCUAAAGUGUGGGGAUGUCAAGCAGUCUCUCAUCAUAUUGCUUACCCAUUGCUGCAGUCUUAUCAAUUAUCAGCAGCUUAAAUAGUCAAGCAAGAAAACAGCUUUAAAAAUAAUUGUGGUAUACUUUGAUAUACAGCUGUCUUUGGAAAAUAUACAGAUACUUUUGUAUGUGCAUAAGCUGUGCUCUGAAAUUUGUCAGUAUUACUGAAUUGUUUAAAUAAAACAAUAUUUUCCCUCUUA